AUGCAAAUCUUUAAUAAACUAAAACAACCAAAUGGUCCUAUGUUUCCUUGGUCACAACGAAAAUUAAACAUAAACCAAAAUGUUUUUCCAAGAUACGGUCAUAGUAUAAAUCAACAGGCCAUUGGUAACGAAUUAUUCCUUUUUGGUGGUAUCGUUCGAGGUCAUCCAAGAAACGACUUAUUUGCUGUGGAUAUUAAUACACUUAAUGUUCUCCCAUAUAUGACAACUGGAGAAAUUCCUUCCCCACGUAGUUUUCAUACACAUGUCAAUAUAGGGAAAUAUCUAUUGGUUUUCGGUGGAUUAACUGAAGAACAAGUUGAUGAUAAUCUUUAUAUUCUUGAUACUGUAUCAAAUAAUUGGAGUAAAUAUUUAUUAAACGGCAAUAUGGGACGUUAUGGACAUACAUCUUCAGUAAUCGGGAAUAAAAUGAUUAUUUUUGGUGGACGAAGGAAUGACCAAUAUUUGAAUGAUUUAGUUAUAUUCGAUGUAAAAUCAAUUAGUUCUUCAGGUGCUAGGUGGGAACCUAUUAUUCCUUUAAAUGAACCUCCACCUCCAAGAACAGGACAUAUUGCUUGUUACAUACCUGCUCCUCGGCAUAGUCAUUGUACAACUAUUGUUGAAGAUGUUGUAUAUAUUUUUGGUGGUAUUGGUAAUGAAGGACAAGAAAAAAUGGGUCCUUCACCAAAUCCUCGAUUUUGUCAUACUAUGUCGGCAAUACGUGAUAAGAUUUUAGUAUUAGGUGGUGAAUGUUCACUUACUAUUAAACCCGAUGAAGAUGGAAUAAUUCACAUAUUGGAUACCUCAAAAAUAAAAUAUCCACCACAAAAUCAAACUUCUGGAAGGCCACCUCAACAAUCUCCACAAAACCAACAGAUAUCACCUCAACAAUCCCCACAAAACCAACAGAUAUCACCUCAACAAUCUUUACAAAAACAACAGAUAUCACCAAGAUCAAUACCUCAAAAUAGUAACGGUUACACCCAACAAAAUCAAAAUAUCAAUUAUAAUCGACAACCUGCAUCUCCUACAAAUCAAUACAAUAAUUUACGUAAUAUGUCAUCCCCUACCAAUAAGCAAGUCCCGUCAAAACCAAACGGGAAAAUUACAUAUGAUGACGAUGGAUUUUAUCGUCGUCAACCAACUUACGCGCCUGAUGGUGUUUUAGGUUCACCAAGAGUUAUUCAAGAAAAUUUGAUGAAUAAUCAAAUGCAACCACAAAGGACAAUGUCAGAUAAUUCAACUCCAUCACCUCGUAUGACGCCUGAUUCUAUUGGUCCUUCUUCACAAUCUCCUCGGUUUGCUCCUCAAAGUUCAUCACCUAUGGGAAUGAGUAAUAAUACUCAGGCACAAGUAAAUCAACGCGGACAAAAUUAUCCGAAACGUCCACAAAUUGACCGAUCGGGUUUACCUCAAAGAAUGACAUCGGAUAAUGAUAUAAAUAAUAUGCAUUCAAAAAAUAUGAUUCGUGAUAAUACUCAAGAUCAUUUUAGAUAUAUGGAUAAUUCGGUAUCAGAAAAUAUGAGAGGAAAUACUCCCGAACAAUUGCGAUAUAUGGAAAGAGAUAUUACAGAUUCACCUCAACCACUUUCGCCUGCUCAAGUAUCUCCUAGUUUAGAAAAUCUUCGUAAAGAAAAUCCGUCCCCAACUCAUCCCGUGCAACCAUUUCGUGAUGGAGGGGAUACUCGAGCACGUACUGCGGGGAAGUUUGAAAAGAUUUCUACAAUGCAAAUACAAGUGCUUCCGAAUAAUGGACCUACUAAAAAUUUCUCAAAUCCCAGGCAAGCUCCAAGACCUCCUGACACUACAGAUCAAGUUCCUUCUAGUUCUUCUAUAAUAUACGGAAAUGAUUCAAUUUUGUCUCAACAGUCUACGAGUCCCACUAGUUUUACCGCAGAGUCAUUUGACACUAUCGAUCAUUUUCCGACUCCAAUGUCAAAUGUUGAAAGAGAUAAUUUCAUGCGUGAACUUCAACAACGUGACAAUCAAAUUUUUGCGUUUAGGAAACGUGAAACGUGGUUAAAAGCUGAAUUAUCUUUAGCUCGACAAGAGGGUUAUACUCCUGAGGCCGAUCGAUCAAGUGGCGUACCAGAAGGUUUGGAUGUAGAAAAAUUUAUGGAUAUUGGUGAAUCUGGUUCCGAUAGGCAUAAGGUUAUGUUGGCUGUUGUUAGAUUAAAACAGGAAUUGCGAAGAACGAAGGCUACAAUCGCAAAUCAAGCUCAAGCUGCUUCUCAAAAAAUCACAGAUGCGGAACGUGCACGAACCGCAGCCCUUCAAGAAGCUGCAUAUUUUAAAGCCAAGUUAACAGCUUUAGCGAAUGCUUCAGAUGUAGAACUUGCGAAUAUCGAAGUUGAACGUGCAGCAGACUUGGAAAAGCGUCUAACCCAAGCACUUACUGAAAAAGAGUCAUUACAAUCAAAAUUAAUACAAUAUCAACAAUCGUCAACUUAUGAUAAGAGUGCUCGGGAAUCUGCUGAAGAAAGAUCUAAAACUGCCACCGCACGAGCUGAAGAAGCCGAAGAAGCUCACGCACGAGCUUUAGCUGAAUUGGCCACAUUACAUUCGCGUGCAACUACUGCCGAAUCUCAAUUAAGGGAGAAUAAUUCUAAAAUAACAGAACUUAUGACCGAACUUAAUCAGUAUAGGUCAGAAUCAGAAAGUACACAAAAUCAAUUCAUACAACUUAGACAAUCAUUGGAACAACAUAAACGAGCAUUAGAAAAAGCAAAUCAUGCUCUCAUGGCUGCUAAUGAACGAACAGUUGAAGCGGAAUCAUUAUGGCAAGAAGCUCGUCAAGAUGUAGCUGCCUUAGAAAAAGAGGCUGGAGGUUUGCGUGCUGAAUUAGAUGUUAAGAUGCGAGAUCUUGAACGUGCUCAAUCUAGAGCUAAAGAAUUAGAAAGAUUAUUGAAUAAAGCUCAAAAGGAAGCAGAUAGUGUACGUGCUAUGAUGCAAGAAGGGAUGACGGAACUUUUGAGUACUUCUCGUAAUAAUGAAGGAUUUUCAUCUGAAACUGCAAAGAAAAUUACUCAACUUGAACAAGAAAUUGGAACUUUAAAAAAUUCUAAAGCAGAUAGUCAAAAAGUUGCUCAAGAUGCCUCUAGCUCACUUGCUGAUGCAAUGAUUAAAAUUUCACAAAUGGAAGGGGCAGCUAUGAAAGCUCGUUCAGAUGCCGCGGCACUUCAACGACGAUUAAAUGAAGCUUCUGAGGAUACCGCUAGAACUAAAGAGAGAUUACGUGAAAAAGAACGUUUGUUAGAAGAAAAAAUACGUGCUCUUGAAGAUGCAGAAGUUAAAGUUGGUAUGAUGCGAGAUGUAAUGACAGAGAAAGGAAUAUUGGAUGAUGGUAAUAAUAAUAGUGUCUCAUACGAAAAUUUUAAAAUACAUCUUAAUAAGAUUGAUUCUAUGGAUAGUAAAAAAAAUGAUUUAAAUAAUAAUAAUAAUAAUGAUGUUGGAUCUGUUGGAUCUGGGAACAUAACACCAGAUAUUACUAUUAGCCCUGACUUUGAUGGAGAUUUGAAAGUAGCAAAACUUAAAGCCAUAGAAUAUCAAUCGGAACUUAAUGAAACUAAAGAAAGAUUACAUCAAGUUGAAACGGAUUACCAAACUGCAUUACAUUACGUUAAGGGUACCGAAAAAAUGUUAAGACGAAUGAAGGAAGAAUUGACCAAGAGUAAAAAAGAAGUAAUUAAGCUUACAGAGAAAUUGAAUGAAGCAACCAAACACAAUGAAGAAUUAGAAGAAAAAAUAGCAGAAAUUGAAAAUAAAAAUUCAUUUAAUAAUAUUCAUAAAGGAGUUCGAGAAUCUCAACUUCAAGGGUUAGAACAACAACGUAAGGAAUUUGAACAAGAAAAGGAAUUAUCAAAUGAACGGAUAAACAAAUUGCAAGGACUUUUAGAUAAUGCACAAGAGGAGAAAACCAUGAUGGAUCAAGAGUAUGAAGUUUUACGUAAAGAAUAUGAAGCAUUACGAAAAGAAAGUGAUGCAUUAAGAAAACUAGAUGGACAAUUAAAAGAAAAAUUACAAAAUUCCGAGGAAGCAUUGAAUAAUACACGAGCAGAAUUAGAUCAGUUACAUUCACUACAAAAUAAAGGGAAUCAAGGAAUAGGAGGAGAAGAUAAUAGAGGAGAGGAUAAUAAAGGAGAAAUAAUAGAUUACCAGAAAUGGCAAGAACAAAAAGCAGUACUUGAAAAAGAAUUAGCGGAAUUUCGAGUAGUGAAUGAUAAAUUAGAGAAGGAGAAUUCAGAAUUAGAACAAAAAUGUCGAGAAUCUGAAAAUAAAAUAACAAUUUUAUUGGAUCAAAUGGAACACGCAGUAGAUACAUAUCGUGAAAUAGAGGAUGAUAUAAGAGAAUCAAGUCCACGUAAUUCUAAUGUUAUUAGUUCAUUAGCUAGUGAGUUAGAUAUGCUUAAAUCUCAAUGGGAUGCACAUCGAGAUCAAAAUACAAAUGAAGAAGAACUCGUUGAACCGAGAUGGAGUAGAUUACCAAGUGAACAAAAAGAUGAAGUACGAGUACCAUCUAGAUUAGAGGAAUAUGAUGAAAUGAUGGCAGCAUUAGAUGAAGUUCAAAAAGUAGCAGCACAAAGGAAAAUUGGACAAUUUGAAUCUGUUGAAAAUAUAAAUAAUAAUAUGACAUUAAAAAGCAUUUCUUAA